AUGUGGAAGCACCGGUUCUCCGCCAGAGAAGAUCAAGCGUCUCGAAGCGAAUCGGGUCUCCAUCUCUCGGAUCUUGGUCUUUUCGGGCGCUCUAGCAAGAAAAAGUCUCCAUCCGACUACAACUCGGACGCCAAUUCGCAUCGUUCGCGGGCUGACUCGGUUUCCACUACACGGUCUUUCCGCUCUUCGUUGCGAUUCCCCCAGAGUAACCAUCGCCAACAACAACAACAACCACAACCACAACCACCUCCACAACAACUACGCCCGGAGAGCGCCUUGUCGCGCCAGUCAUACCGGUCGAGCCACAAUCGCACGCCUGCUCUCCCUGCUCUCCGUGCUCCUCCCGUCGACACCACCUCGGUCGCCGCAUCGGCACACUCCAAUCGCUCCCAGACCUCUUUUAACUCGCGCUCUGGCCGCGUCACCACAGGCAUGAUGGACGGAGACCGCUCGCGCAGCCGUCGAGAGCGCACUUUCGUCGGCUCUGCCUGCGCUGUUUGCGAGGAGCCGCUGGAACACACCCUUCGCGGCGAGCGCGUGUUGCAGUUCUCCUGCACCCACGUCUCCCACGAGGCCUGCUUUUACGAGUACAUUAAAGAAUUCGAAUCGCAAUUCUGCCCAACCUGCAAUGCGCCGCUGGGCCUGGACACUAGUAGAGGCGGCAACGUCUUGGAUCUGGGUAAGUUGACCCAAUACUCGACCCGCCCAGUCCAGCUGCCUAAUAAUCCUCUUGUUGCAGAGAAACUAAGCAACAUUGUCCGCUCCCAAUCCGUCAGUGAUGGCGCAACCCUGCGUAGCGGUCUCACCACCCCCACGCCGUGGGAUAACCGUAGUCAACCAAGUGCUGCGCACGAUGGACACCGCUCCAUGCAUCAAGAUUCUCUUUACAACAACCGGCGGGACAGCCAGACGACCAGUAACAGCCAAAGAGACAGCCAAAGAGAAAGGAUUGAGCGCUUGACCACCGGACCUUCUCGCCAGCAUCACGCUCGCCAGGAUAGUGGUGCCACGGGAGUUGCUUCAUCCGGUGAGUAUACUGAUGGACAGCACCACAGCACUGGCAGGCGGCACGACUAUGAUCUACAGGCCAUGGAAUCCGACCUCAGUCCGCGCGCUACUCAUAUCAAGAACCCGAUUCCAGCUCCUAUCGUGACUGUUCGUUCCGAGUUCCCCACACUCAACCGCUCGCGACAACAGCAGCCAUUGACCUGUCUGGUUACCGUCGAAGUCCCAGAUGGCCAUUGGCGACCGGAUAUGGAAGACCUGCGUUUUACGCCGCUCAACUCGCAGCUACCGGCAGAAGACAUUUACAACCCAAUUCGAUCACCCACCAUGCCGCCAUCGCGACCACCUCCCCCUGAGCCUCGCGAGAACAUGGACGAGAUUGCAGAGGAGCUCCGGUUGCGCGUGGAUAACUGGCAUGGUCUAGAAUUUUCUCGUUUCGGAAAGUUACGCCUGUACGGAACAAUGCACGUGGGCAAAGACCGAGAGUCUUGGCAGGAACUAGAAUGUUACUUGUUUGGGGAGAUGCUCAUUUGCGUCAAAGAAAAGAAAAACGCCGCCGAACCCGUCCAAUUGGAUUCGAAGCGCAAGGGCACUCGCUGCACUCUGAAGGGUUCUAUUCUCAUCAAGAAACACCUGCGCGAGGUCGAGGUCGUGUCAGGUACGAUGACAGCGGGACAAAAAGUGAACGUGCUGACUGGGUUAGACGAGCCCAUCCUGACACUUAACCUAUCGGUCAACGAGUUGCCCUGCUUUCACCUGCGUUUCCAAAACAAAGGUCAGCUGGAACUCUGGAAGCGGGCGUUAGGAGACUUGAACAAUCCCGAACCAUCAGUCUCCAUCCGCACCGGCGAUUACGACUCAGAAAACAACAUUCCCGAGGAUGACGACUACCGCACGACCAAGACAAACAAGCGGCAGUCUUCGACUACCUCAUCGUAUGGUGCCGGCAAGUCCAACAACACAGCUCUGACAGAGUACACCAACACUGCCAACAUUGCUCCUACUACUUUCCACGUGCCACUUGACUUGGUGGUGGUUAUCCCUGUAUCGUCAUCGAUGCAAGGUCUGAAGAUCACACUCUUGCGUGACAGCUUGAAGUUCUUGGUCCAGAAUCUAGGCCCACGCGACAGGAUGGGCCUGGUGACCUUUGGCUCCAGCGGCGGUGGAGUGCCUCUUGUCGGAAUGACUACCAAAGCCUGGAACGGCUGGGGGAAAAUACUGAACUCCUUGCGCCCCGUUGGCCAGAAGAGUCUGCGCGCGGAUGUUGUCGAAGGUGCCAAUGUCGCAAUGGACCUCCUCAUGCAACGAAAAUCGAACAACCCUAUUUCUACCAUCCUUUUGAUCAGCGAUUCUUCCACUUCGGACCCUGACAGUGUCGACUUUGUCGUGUCUAGAGCUGAAGCAGCCAAGGUUGGAAUUCAUUCUUUCGGCUUGGGGCUCACUCACAAGCCAGAUACACUGAUCGAGUUGUCGACCCGCACCAAGGCCUGCUACACCUAUGUAAAGGAUUGGAUGAUGCUCCGGGAAUGCGUUGCCGGCUGUCUUGGUUCCCUACAGUCGACGUCUCACCAAAAUGUCAAGCUCAAACUGCGACUGCCAGAAGGUUCACCCGCCAAGUUUGUCAAGAUCAGCGGAGCUCUUCACACAACCAAGCGUGCUACUGGAAAAGACGCCGAAGCAGCACUUGGCGACUUGCGGUUUGGCGACAAACGAGAUAUUCUCGUCCAGCUUGUCAUUCAGCCAGAUAAUGCAUCCCAGGAGCACGUUCCUCAAGAUCCUUGGCAGAGCAUUGUUUCCGGGUUAGAAGCACUGGGUGGUGGUUCCGAUGGGGACGAACAGCGCGUUGUCAGCGUUGAAGAGGUCCCACUGAUCCAAGCCGAUCUCAGCUAUGGAGAUAUCCUUCGCGAAGGCCACUUUACCCAUUCUCCAAGACCGUCCCUGCUGGCCAUCACUAUGCUUCCCCCUAGCUCAAAGAAGCAAGGUCGACCAAUUACGCCUCCCAUUCCCCCGCACCCUUCGAUUGUGCAGCGGAGGAUGGAAUUGCUCGCGUCCGAUAUGCUGACAAGAGCCCUUACCCUUGUCUCCCGCGGGCAACAUGACCGUGCCCAACAUCUCCUUUCGGAAACGCGUAGUAUUCUGAAGGGGCUAGGAAAGGGAGGACUUCCUCCUCUCCCGCCUGCAGCUGCUGGCAAGUCAAGUGGCACUGGAUUUAGCAGUCCUACCGAUACCCCAAAUUCGUCUUCUCCUCGGUCAUCCAGCUUUCCGGAGAAUUCAUCAGGUGGAUCUGAGACUGCGACUAUUACACCUAUUACUACUGUGGAUCAACAUGUCAUGUCAGCCCUUGACGCCGAUCUAGAGUCUGCUUUGGAGUGGAUCAACCAUCCUGCAGUGUUUGGCAGGGACUCCCGCAAAGCCGUCCUCCAGGGGAUUGGCGUCAUUUCUUCGCAAAGAGCAUUCACAUACAGGACCCCGUCGGAAUCGCUUUGGUCCGAACGCGUGGGCGGCGUCAAGCGACUCACUGAUCGGUCAAAAGACUGGCGAGAUAUGGGUGACGAUGCAUUGACUGAAGAGUGA